AUGGUGGGGCCGUUAUCAUUAAGCUUCGUAUUGGUAGCCGCAGUUAUUCUACUAAUUACCACUGUCAACGAAAAGACAUCAAUAACUUCGUGUUCGACAUCUCCCGACUGUUAUAACGAUUCUCAAGACGAGGACGAAGAAGAAGUCGAUGAAUACGAUUAUUUUAGGGAUUAUGACUGGAGUUAUGAGUGCUAUGAAACGGAGGAAAGUGAUUCUUCGAAAUCGACA